CGGAAGCUUUAUUUUUGCGAUUUUUGUUUAAACACAUCGAGGAAGAGCACUUCCGGGAAAACUUGCCGAACUUCCGGGAUGAAACAAUCAAUCGCGCGUGCGUCAAUACUACGCAACGCGAAUUUCGUUACUUCCCGCGCGGGGCUAGCCUGUCACAGUAAAAAAAAAAAUGGCGCAAUGGCGACGAAUCUGCCCGAGUGCCGAAAAUUUGAAUAAUAAUAUUUAUCCGAAGAGCUCAGUUGCGCCGCAUGCGUGCUCGUAUCGUUGUUACCUUUCUAAGUACGUGUUUGGAAUGCGGUCUGCGGUCCGCCGCGCGUCCGCAAUUCGCUUGCCGUUGGCGUUCGGCGCACGGAAAGAACGAGCGAACAUAUUUACAUCGGCUGCCGGAGGAAGCAUCAUCAGCGUCAUCGUUGUCUACUGGCCGGGCAAAAUUGAGGAUUUCUAAUGCCGGAUGUUGCGUCCCUCAAAUUCAAAGGAUGCACCCAGGGAUUACAUAAUCUAAUUAAUCGAAACGUUCAUUGUUUGCGUUCCGCGAAUCGUCAAUUUGCGCGUAAUGAUGCUUUAAACGCGAAAUCGGAGCGAGGUGCGUUCGAAAGGCGCGUACUUUGAUUAUGUUGCGGGCAAACGUGCAGUUUGUUGAAGGAGUUAGGAUCUGUAAGGCGUCGCGUGAAAACUCGACGGGAUGCGUAUUUAUCAAGAUGUUGCCGUGCAGCGGAUGAGCGGUGGCGGCGCGGCAUUGAGGGCGGCAGCUAGCGGCGGUGAGUCGGCAGCGGUCGCGCGGCUUAUCGGCGGCGCGGGCGGCACGCGCUCGCUUAAGUUCUCGCGCGACGAGUUGGGCCGCAGUGCCCUGCACCUGGCUUGCAGCGCGGGGCACGCCGCGAUUGUGCGGCAGCUGCUAGGUGCCGCCGCCCCACGCGAAGUCGACAGCGCCGACGGUGCCGGCUGUACACCACUGCAGCGAGCCGCCGCCGAUGGGCACGAGGAGGUUGUGCGGCUGCUACUCGCCAAGGGCGCCGACGUCGACCGGCAGGACAAUGUCCACGGCAACAGUGCCAUCCACGAAGCAGCGUGGAAGGGCUACAGUCGCACCAUCCGUAUCCUGGCGGAGACGCGCGCCGACCUGCGCAAGUGCAACGCGGGUGGUUUCACUGCGCUGCACUUGUGUUGUCAGAACGGGCACAAUCAGGCGUGUCGCGAGCUGCUGCUGGCCGGUUGCGACCCCGAUCUGCCGAAUAACUAUGGUGACACUGCCCUCCACACGGCGGCGCGUUACGGCCACGCCGGCGUUACACGCAUUCUUAUCUCCGCGCAGUGCCGCGUGUCUGAACAGAACAAAAAUGGCGACACAGCGCUACACAUUGCUGCGGCCAUGGGCCGGCGUAAGCUCACGCGCAUCCUGCUCGAGGCAGGGUGUGAUGCGACGAUGCGCAACAAGCAAAACGAAACUGCGCGCGAUAUUGCUGUGCGUAAAGAGCUAGACGAGAUCCUCGCCAUUCUAGAUGAAGGUACGCUGUCGCCACUCAGCAAGCGCGCCAAGUACAAAAAGCGCACCAAGGCGAAAGUUCAAGUGACGGGGGCGACGUCACCCAGCAGGUCGACAAAAACGGGCGCUGCGCCGCGCACAGCGACGCAGGCGGAACCUCUCGGCAAAAGCCAGUGGUCACCAUAUGGCUGCCAUUACUACCCCGACCCGGACGCAUUUCCCUCGCCGCGGCUGGACACCUUACCGCCUGAACCACUCAAGCGCGGCGAGCAGUACUACCUGGACCUGGCAGGCAACAUUCGCAAAGGGCCCGUUGGUGUCGGCUACACCUGCUAUUGCGCACCACUCUUCCGCCAUCUUGAAGCUAAGCUAGAAAAGGAUAAACGCGAGUUGCAGAAGGCGCAGGCGAAACUGGGCCAGCGCGUUACAGGGCUGGAGCAGAAAUUAAACCGGGGAGUCCGUGGGCGUCGAUCAGAACGCGCCUAUGCCGCCGCCAAGGAGACCGAUGUAGGUACCCUCACCCGUAGCAAGAGUCUUCAGAUACUGGAGGACACUAAUCACAUGCAGGAUGCGAUUCCAUCAGCUAGAAGUAUGGAUGAAUUGGAUGGUGCGCCGGUAUCGGAACAGCGAAAAAGUGUAAAAGAGCUGGUGGCCCAAAUCCAACAAACGUCGCCAACACAGGAUGCGAAUGCUAGCGGUGCCAAUGACGCCAAGAGUGAGAGCAGUGACGAUGAGGAAGCGUUACGAUUGGUUCAAGUCCGUGGACCAAUGGGUGACACAAACAUGGUGUCCCCAAGUUACGAAAACGUACCGCUGGACAGUCCGCGUAGCCGCAGCGGCGUCUACAGUCCGGAGUUACGCCAUAUUGAACCCGUCGUCAAAGUGCAACAAUUCCGAUCGCAAGAUGGCGCCCGCUACGCCGACGCAGCGCGAUUCGCCCGCCUGCGUUUAAUCGACGCCGGUAAACAAUGCGCACAAACGGAACCGCUCGACACGUCCAAAAUCUUCGAGAGCACCGCACGAAUGCUGGAACACCCAGCUGCCGACCGCGAUACGAACAACGACUCCGGUUACAGUACGAAAAUGUAUGGCAGUUCCAAGGGUAACUCGCCCAGCUGCCAGAUCGACGCGCUCGGCGCCUCUAGCCUCGUCUGACGGAGGAAUAUUUUUUACUUGUCUAGUUCUAAAUGAUAUACGUGUGUUUAACUCGACAGAAUAAAUUCUAUAUUUAUGUA